AAAAGAAGGGGGAUAGAAAAGUCAUCGUGUCCAACAGUGGCGGCUGCAGAGGAUCAAAGCGACGCCUGCAAUCUGGAUACCACGCUCGAGCUCAUCGGCAUCUGCUUCAGCGUCUUCGUCGUCAUCUACCUCGUCAUCCACUUCGCCAUCGCUCUGCUCGAGCGGUGGCGCGCGCCUCCCCCCGGCGCUCGGCCCCGGAGGCAGAAGUCCGGGCUCGACCCCUCCACCAUCUCCGCCCUCCCCUCCUUUUCCUACCGGAAGGGCACCGAUGGCGGCGCCGAGAACGGCCAGGUGUCGGCGCCGGAGUGCGUGGUGUGCCUGAGCGCGCUGGAGGAGGGAGAGACGGCGCGGGUGCUCCCGGGCUGCGCGCACGUGUUCCACGCCCCCUGCGUCGACCUGUGGCUGCAGAAAGACUCCACGUGCCCCGUGUGCCGGGCCGACGCCCGCCCGCCGCCGGGUCCGCCGCCAAUGAUCCGAGGCGGCGCCGUUGUUCUGGAUAUAGGGGAGACGUCGGGGAACGGACAAGGCCGAGAUAGGAUCCUCGUAGGUGAUGGAAUCCAUGUAGUCAACGCUUCGCCAAUUCUAAGAUUUCUGGAAUUUAGUUCACAGCAAGUAUAAAGUUCUUUGAACAUUUUAAUUCGUUGCUUCAGUGAAAUCUUAAACUGUGUGU